AUGAUCGAUGUACCUCUAUCUCAAGGAACAGGCUAUGGAGUCGUUCUAGGCGCCGGUCUAGGAUUUUCCGUGGUGAUGGUCUUCAUCACCUGGGCACUACGACGAUACCAGCGCGAAGUCAUGUCUUCAGAGGAAUUUUCUACUGCCUCUCGAUCGGUCAAGGCUGGUCUGAUUGCCGCGUCGGUGGUAUCUUCAUGGACUUGGGCAGCCACUCUUCUGCAGUCCUCCUCUCAAGCCUACAAGAAUGGAGUGUCUGGACCUCUUUGGUACGCUACUGGAGCAACUACCCAGGUUGUACUGUUUGCCACAUUGGCUAUUGAACUCAAACGAAGAGCUCCGGGAGCUCAUACUUAUUUGGAAGUAGUCAAGAUGCGGUUCGGACCUGCUGGACAUGCGGUCUUCAUGGUAUUUGCGCUCAUGACCAACACUCUGGUGACUCUGAUGCUUCUGACCGGCGGCUCCGCCGUAGUCAACGAUCUCACCGGAAUGCAUGUAGCGGCUGCUUGCAUUCUUCUUCCUCUUGGAGUGGUUUUGUUUACUCUGUUUGGAGGCAUCAAGGCCACCUUUAUCACCGAUUACAUCAACAACAUUGUGCUGUUGAUAAUGAUCAUUCUCUUUGCCUUCACCACCUACUCAAACCACGAAGUUCUUGGUUCGCCCGGCAAAGUCUACGAUCUUCUGGUUGAACGAGCUCUCCAGCUCCCUGUCAAGGGCAACGAGCAGGGCUCCUAUCUGACCAUCAAGUCUUAUGAUGGAGCCAUCUUUUUUGUCAUGAACAUUAUCGGAGGUUUUGGAACCGUCUUUCUUGACAACGGAUACUGGAACAAGGCCAUUGCCGCCUCUCCCGCUGCUGCUCUUCCCGGAUAUGUGCUUGGAGGUCUGGCUUGGUUUGCCAUCCCAUGGCUGUGCGCUACAACCAUGGGCCUGGCUUGUCUUGCUCUCGAGGGCACUCCUUCCUUCCCAGGCUACCCUGGCCGUCUAUCUGCUGAAGACGUAAAUGCCGGCUUGACUCUCCCUGCAGCAGCCGUUGCUCUUUUGGGCAAGGCCGGAGCCGGGUGUGCGCUGGUUAUGGUGUUCAUGGCCGUGACCUCGGCCUAUUCUUCGGAGCUCAUCUCGGUCUCCACCAUUUUCACCUACGACAUCUACAAGGGCUACAUUAACCCCAAGGCCACCGGUAAGAAACUGAUUAUGGCAUCUCACGCCGCAGUGGUGGUCUUUGGAGUGGCCACCGCUUGCUUCGCCAUUGGACUCUACUACAUUGGUGUGUCGAUGGGCUUCCUCUAUCUGCUCAUGGGCAGUAUCAUUUCGGCUGCGGUAAUUCCCGCCGUCCUCACUCUCCUAUGGAGCGGUCUCAACUUCUGGGCCGCAGUCCUCUCCCCUCCCCUGGGAUUCUGUUUUGCCAUCACCGCGUGGUUGGUCACUACCAAGAGUCUGGAGGGCGAAAUCAACGUCGAAACAGCCGGCACCAACCUCCCAAUGCUUGCUGGUAACGUUGUGGCCCUAUUGACUCCAGCUAUCACCAUCCCACUAUUCACUCUCAUCUUCGGAAUGGACAAUUACGACUUUGAAAAGUUCAAGCAAAUCACUCGAGCCGACGAUUCAGAGUUCUGGAAGGUGGAUGCGGUAGAAGAGCUUGGAGGAUCAGACGAAGUCGCUUCCAUCAGAGAAAAGAAGCAGGCAAAUGCCCCCAACAAGUCUACUGGGGAAUCCUCCGCUCCUGAGAACGGAAUGGUGGCCGAAUACGAAGUCGAUGACUCUCUGUCUGAUGAAGCUCCCAUCCAUAUCGAAGAACUGGAUCCUGCUGAGAAAGCGCUGCUCGACAAGUACGCCAAAAUCUCACGAAUUAUUACCAUCGUCAUGGCAGUUUGUCUGCUGGUCCUCUGGCCUAUGACAAUGUAUGGAACGGGCUACGUCUUUUCCAAGAAGUUUUUCACCGGCUGGGUUGCAGUCGGCUUUGUCUGGAUCUUCUUCUCAACCAUCAUGGUGAUUAUCUACCCCCUGUGGGAGUCGCGACAGGGUAUCUUCGAGACCCUCCGAGGCUUGUACUGGGACUGUACCGGACAAACUUGGAAGCUGCGAAGAUGGCAGAGCCAGACGGAGAAUAAGCAGAUGGCAGCUCAUGGAGUCACUAGAACAAUUUCCCACAUUGAGAGACUCCAGGGGGAGGAGGUUGAGUCCGAAGAAGGAGUGCAGGUCACAAAGGUGGACAAUUAG